CACAAACGUGCUGUUUUGCUUUGUGAAGUUGAUGGAUAAACUUACCAGCGUAAUAUUGUUCUGAUGAAUUAAAUCGCGCUCCCUUGUAUUUUGAAUGACAGUGUUAACAACCAUGAGCACGAAUUCCGAUUCCACGGAGGCACAAAUCCGCUGGCCUACGGAUUACGAUCGUAAUCCCUAUCAGCAGCGCAUCCAUCAGCUGAGUGGCUUCCCACCGAAUAAUCGCCCUGUCCGUGUGGCAUCCACUUCCUCUGUCCAGCCGCCCCCUGACAACUAUGACAACAGUGGCACAUACGACGAUUCCGGCCUUUUUCCAGACUCGGAUUUCGAUGCAUUCAUCCAGUCAAGCGAAUCCGGCAGCGAGAGUUUCCGGGAAGACAGCUACGUCUCCGGGGCGGCAGCGGGUGUGGACGCCUUUGGGUUCACUGCGGCAACGCUCGAUGAACAGCGCCCGGAGAAAACCGCCAUCCAAAUCCACGUGGAGGAGAUGCUCGGCAAAGAGCAAAAGCGCCAUCUCAUGCAGAUCCACCAGACGUUCGUCGGACUGUGGCGUACCGGGACACUGUGUGAUAUCAUCCUGAAAACGGUGGAUUCAGUGAUCCCUGUCCACUCUGCCGUCGUGGUGGGACAUUCGGGGCGCUGUGAGAAGGAAGCCAUGGACUUCCAUAAGACGAAGACUCUACCCAUUGUUAUCGCGCUCUCCAAUGAGGUCACGCUGGGAGCGCUACGGCAGAUUGUGGAAUUUAUGUACCUGGCUAAACUGGAGAUCGAGCUUGGUUCGUUGGUCGCUAUUUACAAGGCCGCGAAAGAACUAGAAGUGUACGUGGUGGUCGCCCGUUGUAGCAAGAUUCUUGACCGUCUGCUGGAAGACCAGAAUAUCAUCCAGACGAUACAGGCGGCGACUGACCUUGGCGUGGAAGACCUGCAGGAAAUCGCCUGGUCCAAGUUUACCAAGGAUUUCAAGCUGUUCUACCAACGGGAAGCCUUCCUGGAACAGAGCCUGCCAGCUGUGACGAAGGUUCUCAGCUCCAAUUUUUUGGUACCAAAGACAGAAUUCGAGGUGUUCGAAGCCGCGAUGGCAUGGAUCAACCAUCGACGGCAUGAGCGCCUGAAAGAGCUGCCCAAACUCAUGGCGUGCGUCCGCCUAAUUAACAUGACUGAUGAAGAGCUGAUCAACUGCAUGCAGUACGAUGAAGCGUUCGCGGUGUCUCCGGGUCUUGAAAUUCUCGCGCAGGCCAACAUGAAUAAAAUGCUGAAAGAUCGCGGUGAAUUGCCUCCUGAUUUCAAACCACCCAAACAGCGCGCCAGGACUAAACAACCUCAGACGGUUCAGCCGCCCGACGAAGGGCGUUACGGAACGUUCCGGACCAGUUUGAUGGCUCCAGGGCAGCCGAAGAAUACGUUUACGGGACUUCAUGCCUUUCAGCCCACGAUGACGCACAACAACCCACAGCCCGGAUCCCGCCUGCCGCAAGGCGGCCCAGUCCUGAUGGCCCAAGCGGCCAGAGCCAAGACCGUGUCGCUCACAUCAUCGCGCAGCGAAACACCACACCAGAAUUUUUACUAGAACCACAAAAUCCAGGAGACAGUAAAAUAUCUGAGAAAAAUGAAACGUUUCGUCUCAGCGAGCGCUUGAAUGAAUUACGUAGCUGCAUUAUGUAUAUUGAAGUGUGUUCUGUUGAUUAUUCAUAGUGCUCUUAUUUUUGGAGAAAAGCCUGAGCUAGUUCAUUGGCGAGAUAAUAAUUAUGAUUUCAUACCGGCAAAUAAAUGGGUGAUAAAUAAAUUUAAUUAAAAUUUAAAAGAUUACCUGUUUCUUUCAAUGUACUGAACUAUAUUAAAUGGAGUCUGCAUGUUCUUGAGUGUUGCUUAUUGUUAAGCAUAUUGCUACAGUGAAAAAUGAGCUGUCCAGUAGAAUCGCAAUA